GCUAUCUAUUGCGAUGCGCACUCACAUUACCAGGUGGAAUUAAAACUAAUGUAUCUAUUAGUAUACGAGUCCAAGAAUAAUCAUUCGCUGUUUUAUUAAUAUCUGUGACAAUAUGAAAAAGGCAUAAAAACGCAUCACACACAGAGACAUAGUAGCUGGAUAUAUUCAUAAUCUAUUACAAGGCACAUCAUUGUUUUUAUAUCAGAAACAAGGGUUUAUAUCAUAAGCAAAAUUAUGUUUGCACCGGAUCACAUUAAAAUGGUCAAUACCAAUAGUACGGUUUUUGGAAGAAAGAAACGGAAAAAACAUCAUUGUAUGGAUAAUUUGUACAUGGACCGACAACGAGGCUGUGAUUGGGGCAGAAUGAAGGGGGCGCUAAUGUCAAUAGGGAUAAUCAUCGGAUGUGCUGGCGUUGCUGGGAUACUUGGAUGGUACUUCUCAACGAUGGGCUCCCAAAAACUAUUCCACUUAGAGACACUGUCCAUAGACUUGGAAUCAUCACGUAAAUUAAAACUAAUGAUCAAUGAAGAUGAUGUAAUCCUCACAGUCUCAAUGCAGGAGUAUUUGCCAACGCAGGCUCAUCAUAUAAAGUGUCGCGAACCGAGUGAUAUUUGUCUCCACUGGAGGAAACACGCCACUUUAAAAAUCAACCGAAUGCAAGCACAGAAUGCAAAAUGUUAUAACAUCCAAUGGAGAGGAAACUCAUGCAGUGAGACCACAUUGAUGGAUUGUUUCAAACUUGAUGAUCAUUGGUAUGCAGCGGGAUAUGAUAUUGAAAGAGAUGGGUAUGAUAACCAUAUGGAACCAUACCUCAAUGAUGGUUCGAGAGAAGACAUGUACGCAGGUUCUGGUUUUAAGGAACGUUAUUGGUUGUCAUCCCGGGGUGUUGCACUUCUUGUAGACGACACUGUGCCUCUCUUUGUAGGCAAAGCGAAGUCUCAAAACGAAUUUUGCUUUAAGGCUGCUCAUCAAAAACCAUAUUUUCCUUUGAACACGUCUACUCCCCUUUUAAACUAUACUCUAUGCCAUGCUGAUAAUCCAACGAUCAUGCAUCGAUAUAUUAUGGACAACUACAUAAAGCGACCUACUAAUAUACCUCACAGAGAUCUAUUUUCACGUCCCCAUUGGCGGUACCCUGCCACCAAUGAAUACUCUAUUGACAAUGAUGGCAACCAAACGUCGCUGAUGGAGUACGUAGACAGUCUUAGACAAUACAAUUUUACAGACGGAUGGGUUGAUAUUGACACUGGAUGGCAGAGUACGAAGCUUGCAUAUGAGUUCAAUCAAUCUAGCUUUCCGAACCCUAAAAUGGUUAUCGAAUAUUGUUCCGCUCUGGAUUUUAAGGUGUCAUUGGCCACCAGCCCUUUUAUUGAUGUUAGGUCCGAUACGUUCACUGAACUGGAACGUGAACAGAUGCUAGUCACUGGAUGCAGUGGUGAUUUGCCAGCCUUGAUAAAAUGGAAAAAUAAGAUUGGAGGAUUAUUGGAUUUUAGUAAGAUAGAAGCUGGUAAAUACCUCACUAGAAAGAUGAAUAGAUUGGAAAGUCAUUUAGGAAUAUCUUCUUUUGUAUUCACCAACGGAGGUUCGAAUGAGUUACCGUAUUGCUUUAAUACUGCAACACAAUUAAAUCACCUAAAUGAAUAUCCUCAAUUAUACGCCCAACUGGCUUAUACAGCUAGCAAAACCCAAUCCAAUGUAAUAUCCGUUGGCUACGGAACUUCCAAAUAUUCUUUAGUGACAGUAAUGUCUGAUAUUGAGCCAAGCUGGAAGUCUCACAAGGGCAUUAAGUCCAUCAUUCCCCAAGUACUUAAAUUAAAUCUCAUGGGAUAUCCAUUCAUCAUGGCUAGUGGUAUACAUAUAAGUGAUUCUGGUACACUUCCUACGUCAGUAGUAGAUAGAGAAUUUUACAUCCGUUGGCUCCAAUUAAUUACUUUACUUCCAUGUAUCCAACUGAGCAUUCCACCGUGGAUAUACGACCAAGGUGUCAUAACCAUAGCUCAAAAUAUGAUUAAAAUUCACCAAAAAUUUGUGCCAACUUACCAAGACCUUUUUAAGGAAUUUAUCCAUAACGGAACACCAGUGAUACGGCCAUUGUGGUGGUCGGAACCAUACAACACAAUAGCAUUACGAAUUGACGACCAAUUCCUUAUAGGAGAAGAUAUCAUGGUAGCCCCUAUUAUUGAAAAGGGCAAGACCAGUCGUGAUAUUUACUUUCCCCCUGGAUUAUGGAGAGACAAAAUGACCAAGCGGAACAUUAUAGGCGGAAAAUGGAUAAGAAAUGUAACAGUAGCACUAGAUCAUUUACCUUAUUUUCUAAAGUUAUAAUAAUUAUAUUAUAAGAGAGAUUUCGCAACU